AUGAGUUCUAUUAUCUCUUGUUCGCCAUCGAAGAGUGAUUGGUCGUCCCUCAGCAAGCCUCGGCAACUUCAACCUUCCUCGACUCCCAUAUUGGUUACGUCUAGCAGCUCUCCCAUUUCGUGGAACCCAAAUACUACUCAUAUUACUGGUGCGCCUGCCCCACAAGCUGAAGUGGGUAGCUCAGUAGCAACUAUGCAAAAAAGCUUUGUUUUUCACGGUCGUCAUCGUAAGCGCUCCGCCCAGUGUGCCUUAUUUCAAGACGGUGACCGUGAUGAGGAUUGCAACUUGCCAACGAAGAGAUUCAAAAUUUUGAAAACAACCUGGAACUGCACUCAGUCCAAUUCUGGUGGCGCAAACUAUGUCAACGAGCGGAUGCUCGAGCUUUCCCGGGUCACUCGCCGAGCCAUUUCCGCAAGAAUGCGAUACCAACGUAUUCGCUCUCACGAACUAGAUUUGAUGAAGUCCAUUCUCGAAGAUGAAACGACGCUGUCCCAACAAGAUCUCCAUAGCCUUGAUCUGCAAAUUGGCUCCCUUAGACACAUGCUCCAUGCUGGAGGAGUGACGGUGAUAGGGCAUAAAGGAUGUAAACUCGAUCCUAACGACCACGACCAGGCUUGGUGUGAAAGCUCUGAUGAUAAUGAUGAUAGUUCUAUUUUUGGAUCUGAUGGCAGUCGCUCAGCCUGCGAGUCAGGCUGUGCGUUGGAUGAAUAA